AUGAACGAUGCCGCAACCUCUACAUCUAACAGGUCUCUUGUCGAAGCGCUUGAUGCAAAAGUGCUAUCUCUUCAGCAAAAAUUGCUUUGCAAUGUCGACAAAAUCGACGCAGUGCCCGAUGCCAUGUUCGCAACCGAAUUCCGUCAGCUUGCAAAGGCUAUCAAAGCUUUAAGUCGACAAAUUCAGUUGAAAGACCCCGAAUCCUUGAUCCGCAUUGAUGCUGUUACGCAGAGUCUUCUGGUCGGCCGAGUGAAGCGAGAAGAUCUAAACUCCGCCGUCUGCAUAAGGCCUAUUAUCGAAGCAUUUGUUUGGUCCAUCUUGUAUAGUCGGCUUUUUUGCAAUCCCUAUAAGGACUGUCACCAACUUUCGUCAACCAUCUAUGCUUUGGCUAACAAGAUCUUGUCCAAUCAUCAACACCGGUGGCCUUCACCCACUACAUCUUCUGAGAAAUGGCGAGUGAUUAGCAUGGAGCAACUCGUGCAGCGUGUGGGAGAAGAAGCAAUCGCUACGGGUAAGAUUCAGGGGAAGUGUUUGCAGCUGGAAGCGAACAUCCGACGCGUCCGCUCCAAGGUCAAGGACAUCAUCGAAGGAUACCUCAUCCGCGUAUCGCCGGGCACAAACUUUUCGCGUGUCGACGCCAUCGUGGACAAGGCGUUCUCGCUGGCUCUUCAUAUAUUCCUCCAGCGUUGCCGCAUACAGGUCGUCUACCCUGAUAUCGGAGACACGUACGACAAAGAACAGCCCCAUCUUGAUAGCAUCGCGGAGAGCAUCGAAGUUGAGAAAGGCAGGGUAGCUCUUAUCGCUUCUCCUGGUCUGGCCAAAUGGGUUGAUGGUGAAGGCAAACACUUGGACCAACGCCUAGAUGUCGUUCCUGCUAUGGUCCUGGCCAAACCGGUGGCCAAGGAGGAUGACGAGAAACAGGUUCUGAUGGAGCGGCUUACCAGCUCGAAAGAUGAAGCUCUGGUUCGCAUCAAGACGUCCACUCGAAAAUUUAUUCAUCCCCAAGUCGUCAUCCCGUCCAAGCCCAAGAGUGAAGAUCUCUUCAUGAAAAUUGAAGACACCGAAAUGGCUGAUGGCGUGCAAUGGGCAUGGCCAGACGCAGAUUAG